AUGGCGAGCAGUCUCGCGUGUAUGGCCGCCAUUGUGGCCAUACUCGUGACGACAAUGGACCGGCCGGCAAGCGAAUGGAACUUCUACUUCAGCAUCUCUGCCACACUCGCCCUCUUAGCAAUGACAGCUAAGUCCACGGCGGCCAUUGGCGUCGGCGCAUGCAUCAGCCAGUACAAGUGGCUCUACUUCAAGCGCGCGCCGCGCAAGUUGACCGACCUUGACCUGCUGGAAGAAGCAAGCCGGGGGCCGCUAGGGUCGCUAAUUCUUCUGGCCAGACGGCCGAUGGGGCUGGCGAGCAUUGGGGCCAUAGUCACUUUGCUCGCAUUGGCCCUCGAUGUCUUUGUUCAGCAGAUGGUCCAGUUGAAUCCGCGUGAUGUUGCCACCGACGAUGGAAAGGCCGUCCUCGGCCUUGCACAUACCUACAACGGCGGCGCGAAACCAAUAUCAGUGCUGAACGCCAUCUACAACGUCAGAGCCUACACCGCCGAUAACUCGAUGCAGGGAGCCUGGAACGGCACAUAUGUGUCGCUUGGCUUUACCAGCACCUGUGCCGACGUGACGGACGCGACUAUCCAGAGUCAUCCAAAUGCGUCUGCCACAUGGAAUGGCUUUGCUGCUGGCCGCCGCGAAGACAUGAACCUAACUACCCCCGGCGGUGUCGAUCUACAGGCGCCUUAUUCACCCAGUUCAUGGCAAACAGUCGUCAGCGUCGGCGGCCUCUCUCGCUUUAACACUAGCCAAGACGUUUCCCCCCGCCCCGGCCAGGACCCCGUCACGAUGUCUCCUAAUAUUGCCCGAAUUGCAGUGUUCAGGGCACCGCCCGAAGAGCAGAAUUGGCUCAUUUCGCUGGACACAGUGGAAAUAAUUGAAUGCGACGUUGGACUAGCAGCAUACCGCUACUCCAACUUGUCGUCCUCGGGCAGCAAGCUAACCAUCGGCAACCGUGAAAUGGUCCGUCUCGAGGCGGGCACCCUGACCUUCAACGGCAUCAAUGCAGAUAUGGUCGUGUUCGACCAACCCGGUCUCCCCGUUCUACGGGCCCGGGUCCCGGAUAUCGUGGCCCUAGCGCAGUUGUACACGUCGACGCGGUUCAUUGGCAAUAUCCUCGACGGCGAGGGCCAGCCGUCCCCGCCCGGGGGCCUGGGUGACGCCUUCCGGUCGGGCAACAUCUCUCGCACCGUGCAAGCUAUGGCGGAGAGCAUGACCGAUCAGUUGCGGGCGAGCCGGGAGGUCAAGGGCAACGGGCAGAGCAUCAUACAAGUGGUCUUCGUCGACGUUGAGUGGGGCUGGAUCGUGCUCCCCAUCGCGGUGCAGCUCAUCUCAGCGGCGUUCUUGUUGCUCAUCCUGGUCCAGAGCGCGCGGACCAAGGACCUGCCGCUGUGGAAAUCGUCCUCCACCGCGCUGCUGACGUACGAUGUUAGGUUUAGCGAGGACGAGAACGGGGUGGGGAACCUGGGGACUGGGGUGCGGAGUUUGAAAGAGCUGGAUACGUUGGGCGAGUCUGUCACGGCGAGGUUGGAAUUACCUGACCCUGGGUCAUCAUCGGCCGAGGCGGCGCCGGAUGAGAUCAGCCCGAGUAGUAUGAAGAGACUGGAGGCCCAUGUCUACCCCGUCAACACGAGACAGGGCUGA